UAUUCACUAUACUGCCCCAAGUAUUGUCUCCGCCCUACAAAUCAUGUGAUUCAGGUGUUCCAAUCCCCUCCAUGGACACAGGUGUAUACAAUCCAGCCCCUAGGCAUGCAGACGGCUUCUACAAACAUUGGUGAAAGAAUGGGUCGCUCUCAGGAGCUCAGUGACUCCAAGCGUGGUCCCGUGAUAGGUGGCCACCUGGGCAAUAAGUCCAUCCGUGACAUUUCCUGGCUACUAAAUAUUCCACGCUCAACUGUUAGUGGGAUUAUAACAAAGUGGGAGCCACUGGGAACAACAGCCACUCAGCCACCAAGUGGUAGGCCACGUCACAUGACAGGGCGGGGUCAGCGCAUGCUGAAGCACACAGUGCGCAGAAGUCGCCAACUGUCUGCA